CGCAAAUGUUUUGAAGUGAUCGAACUGGUCGGUAUAUCACAUACAUAAUUACUCAUCUUGACAGAAGUAUAUCGUCCAGUCCAGUAUUCCUGGCGGGUCUUUUAUCUUCUUCUUCGCAAGUACUCCAAAGAACUUGACCCCAGUCAUGUCUCGGCUCCUCAACAUCCCGAUUGAGCUGCGGAAGCUCAUUAUCGAUCAUGUGCUCUAUACCUCGCUCAGCCCGCCCGUGGCCCCUCUAUCACUCGACGGGGCCGAAUACCGCGACAUGAGUUACAAAGCAUGGGUCUCGGGAGGUGGCGGGAUCUAUUACACGCAGAAGUCCAAGCUCAGUUCGUCUGACUGUCUCGCCCUUCUUCUCACCAAUCGCCAACUAUCAACCGAAACUCUCGACAUCCUUGAGCACAGGAAAGUCGACUAUGCUCUUGAUAUUUCCGUCCAAGAUGACUUGAAGCUCUUCCUGACAUGGCUCUCCGUGCCCCGUCUCACAACCCAUGUCUCGACCCUCUACGCGCAUGUGCGCCUGUUUGGUCACACCAUCGAGCAGCACAUCGCGCGUCGCCAAGUCGGCGACGGCGGCCGGCUAGGCUUCCACUGGUCCUUCUAUGCGGCCCUGGAGCGGUUCCUCCGCUAUGGUCCCGUGGGGGAGAAGAAGCGCAAAGGGGAGGAAGCCGACACGAAGAAUUUCCAGGACCGAGGGAUUGCGAUCGAAACACUGGUCCUGGACUUCCGGUCUGCAGAGCUAGAGCUUGCGUUCCCGCCGGAAGAUGUUUCGUACAAGCAUUGGUGGUUUUGGCAUUGCGGUCGAGACAUCAGGAGUCGAAACGCAGGUUUGGAGCCUUUGUCGUCGUAUAAAACGCGUCCCGAGUGGCUCUGCAAGUAUCUGAAGCAGGAGAUCGGAGGUCUUUUGCAUAUGAGUUAUUACACUGCAAGGUAUGGGGAGCUUUUGUAUGAGCAUAUUGGGACCAUCCGAAUGCUUGUGGACGGGCAGCUAGUACACGAGUUCGACCUUGCGGCCGAGUUGGCUCGUCUAGGUUUUACUGAUGAACGGGACACGAUGGGUCAUUUACGCAGAGAGGAGAGGGGGUCUGGAUUCUGGGAAUGGAAGAAGGAGACUUUGUCAUUGAGGAAGGAGCAUGGACUGUCUGUGAUAUGGCCGUCGGAUGAUGAGCUAGGACCAGAAGAGAGUAGUUAAUCUGUAAUCUGGGAUGAAGGGAUAGGGUGAAAGCCGACGGUUGUCUGCUUGUUCAAACAGGUCUUUCGGGCCGGCAGAAGCUCCAGAGAGGAAAGUUGUUACUGGCACCGCGUUCCCUCUUAUACCACCCUCGUUGAACCCUAAAAGCA